AUGGUUACCCUCCCGGCUGCUGCGGUGGACGGCGACGAAAAUGUGAACGACGUUGGUACGCCGCCGCCCUCCACUGAAAAGUCCAAUGAAGCCGAUGUUCCCCCCACUGCCACCAAUACACUGGACACGAGAUCCGAGCCCAUGAACGGCAUCGAAGAAGAGCCCGAAACUCUCGCAUCCGAAGAAAUUUCCUCCGAUGAAAUUUCCAACCAUGGAACUCCACUAGCUCCAGAAUCCGACCAAAAUGGAUCCCAACAUUCCCCAAUUUCGCACCCGGAUUCGGAGGAAGAAGAGGAGGAGGAGGAAGAAGAAAUGUCCCAACCGAAGAAGCUAAAACAACUACCGGACUUGCCCAAACCUGAGCUCCUAGAGAAUGAAAUUGNGGAGGAGGAAGAAGAAAUGUCCCAACCGAAGAAGCUAAAACAACUACCGGACUUGCCCAACCCUGAGCUCCUAGAGAAUGAAAUUGCCGAAACACCCUCGGCCAUGGAGGGAACUACACCCCCCGCCCAAAAUGGAAAAGCCACAGGUGCGAAAACAAGCAAGAAGUUGAAGAAGAAGAGCAAGGAUGUGUGGACGACCACCACAAGGAAGGGGAAGAAGAAGUCAAAAAAUAUCUUCAAUGGGAACCACAAUUCUAAAAAUGCCACAGGUACCAACACGGCAACUGAAGAUAAGGUCUUGAUAACCCCUAUUCCGAGGUUUCCUGACAAAAGUGAUGAUAGCCCGGAUUCGAAGAUUUGCCUAUCCAAGUUUUAUAAGGCUGAAAAGGUGGAAUUAGGAGAGGAUAGAUUGAGUGCGGGCAGCACGAAGGGCUACAGAAUGGUUAGGGCGACAAGGGGGGUUGAAGAAGGCGCAUGGUAUUUCGAGAUUAAGGUGGUGCAUUUGGGUGAGACGGGGCAUACAAGGUUGGGGUGGUCCACAGAUAAAGGGGACUUGCAGGCGCCUGUGGGGUAUGAUGGUAAUAGCUUUGGAUACAGGGACAUUGAUGGGAGUAAAGUGCACAAGGCAUUGAGGGAGAAGUAUGGGGAGGAAGGAUAUAAAGAAGGUGAUGUUAUUGGUUUUUAUAUUAAUUUGCCAGACGGAGGGUCCUAUGCGCCUGAUCCUCCACGCAUGGUUUUGUACAAGGGCCAGCGGUACGUUUGUGCUUCCAAUCCCAAGGAGGAUCCCCCAAAAGUUGUGCCGGGAAGUGAGAUAUCUUUUUUCAAAAAUGGUAUAUGCCAAGGUGUUGCUUUCAAGGAUCUUUAUGGUGAUCGUUACCAUCCUGCUGCUUCAAUGUAUACUCUUCCGAACCAACCGAAUUGUGUUGUCAAGUUCAAUUUCGGUCCUGAUUUUGAACGGUUCCCAGAUGACUUUGGUGGGCGUCCUGUCCCAAGACCAAUGAUUGAAGUUCCUUAUCAAGUUGUUGAUGGCAGAGUUGAGAAUGGUGUGUCCAUUGAGAAGAAACUGUAG